CAUAUAUCAUGGAGGCAUCAUGGAAAGAGAUCACUAUGGAUAUGUUAAGUUUGUUAAAAUGCAAAGCAUGCCUGUGUUAUUCAAUGAGAAGCCUUCAUUUAGUGAGUUGGUUGCAAGGGCUCGGGAGGAGCUACAUUGCCAUGGAGAUGAUAGUAUCGCAGUGGAGGGUGUAUUUCACCUAGGUUUCCCUCCCAACAUCCUAAGGAAGAUGAUCCCAAUUGGGUGUGCAAACCAAUGGGAGAACUAUGUGAGAUCGGCUAUGAAGUGCCAGUUCCAAAGUUUGGACGUGGUUGUGCGUCGGGUGUUAGUUGAUCCCAUCCCUCAUAGGUUUUCCCCACUAAUGGGUCAUCAGGCACACUUCGACCCUCCCGUCCCAGAACCUGAUAUGGAUGUGGAGGUUGCACCUAUAGUUCCCCAUGCUCAAUCUGCCCCCAAUGAGCUAGUUGGAGAUGCUAGUCAGACUCAUGAUGUUGUGACAGAUCCUCCUCAUGAGAUCCCUUGGACACAGAAUCAUCCAAGAGACAAUCCUGACAAUGUGAAUGUGCCCCCUGUUGCUGUGCAAGUGCACUAUGGAGAUGGAUUUUGUGGCUCCAAUAGUGUUGAAAUUAUGAAUGAUUUGGAGGCAUAUGAGAUGGGAAUGGCUCUUGACUCCGAUGAUGAUCGUCCUGUUGGAGAGCUGAUAGAGAGUGAUGUUGAGAUGCUGAGGCAUAUCUUUCCCGGCCGCCGUGAUCCAAGAGUUCACGAGUUCUGCGAUCUUGCUCAUUCCGAUCAGACGUGUGCAGAAGGACAUGAUGAUGAGCUCCUAAAAGCUCCUGAUGUCGGCCCUAACAUAGUAAUUGCGAAGGGUAGGGUAUUCAAGGACCUUCCUGCAUUGAAGAGGUGGUUGCAGGCAUUUGCAGUGAUACGAAAGAGACCUUACAAGGUCUUGCAUUCAUAUGCGGAGCGCUGUUACACAGUUGUGUGUGACAAGGAACGCUGCCCAUGGAGGGUUUGUGCAAGGAAGCAAAAAGUCAUCGAAAAGUGGAAGAUCACAAAAGUUGUCGGGCCACACAAUUGUGCUGACCAUGUGCUGACACUAAAGCAUCGGCAGUUGACAUCUACCCUCAUUGCCAAGCGGCUGAUGGGAAUAUUGAAGGGAGAACCCAACAUGAAGGUUAGGACAAUUAUCAGGACCGUUGAGGCAUUGUAUGGAGGUUAUGUGAUAACUUAUGGUAAAGCUUGGAGGGCUAAGCAACGAGCGUGGAAGAUGAUAUAUGGGGACUGGGAGGAUGGGUAUGAGCAGCUGCCAGUACUUUUCAAUGCAAUCAAAGUGGUGAAUCCAGGCAUGCAUUAUGAGUACAUCCCAAAACCAAAUGCAUAGAAGGAUGGGAGGCAGAUAUUCUUCCGUGCUUUCUGGUGCUUCCCUCAGUGUGUUGAGGCCUUUAGGCACUGUCGUCCCGUCUUCUCCAUUAAUGGUACGUUCUUGAUUGGCAAAUAUCAGGGCACACUUCUUAUGUCUUAUCCUGUGACACGAACAACAAGUUGGUUCCUUUGGCAUUUGCUUUGGUUGAGAAAGAGAACAAUGACAGUUGGGGAUGGUUUUUGAGGCUAGUAUGGAUACAUGUGGUUGGGUCUGGCAGGGAGGUUGGCGUCAUAUCUUAUAGGCACUAGGGCAUACUUAAUGCCGUGCAAGAGCAGAUAGAGGGGUAUGCACCUUUGCACCAUCGUUGGUGUAUUCGACACCUUGCCAAGAAUCUACUCCAGAAGGAUGGUGUGAAGGAUAACUUUGAUCUGUUCCAGGAGGCUGCUCGACAGCUUGAGGACAAGUACUUAUAGAAAAAUUUAGAGCAGGUCAGAACCGCAUCAAAUGUAGAAGGUAGACAAUGGCUCACAGGUUUGAUGAGGGAUUUGGAGAAAUGUACAAGAGCUCACGACAUCGGUGGAUGGAGGUACGAGUUUCAGUGCAGCAACAUGACGGGGUCAUUCAAUAAGUUGCUAUUGGGGAUACAUGGUAUGCCCGUGAAUGCAAUCGUUUAAUUCACCUUCUACAAACUUGUUGCCUGGUUCAACGAUAGGCUCCAUUCUCAACUGGCGUUGACUUACACUAGUUGGAUUGUAAGAAUAACAGGAAGGUUUUUGAUUGGGAGAAGCACCACCAUGACUACAUUGAACAAUGGGAGCAAUUGCACGACAACGUGGAUGAGAACAACGAGCCGCACACAAACCGUGAGUACAGGCACUACCAAGCUUGGUACCAAGGUGCGACACGUUGCAGGCUGAGGCUACAAUGGACAGAAGAUGACUACGCCGACAUCGAGUCCUUCGACGAUGAAGACACGGCGUACGACCAAACUACUCGUGUAGGAAGGUAGGUGGAGGCAGGACCAAUCUUGGAUGGAGUGGGCAAUACCCUCAAAUGCUCGGUUGAAGACAUUGAGCGCUUUCGUCCGAGUCAGGGAUGACGACACGCGUACCUUCCUAGAUGUACGAUUCAAAAUAUUCUUUCAAAUAUUCUUUGAGUUAACAUAAUUUUGUACAACAGAGACUGUCAUGUCGGCUACACCGUGCGGCUGCUCGUUGUGGUUGUAGGACAGCCACGACACGAGACGUGCACGUUCCUUCCCCAAGCAGAGGAGGCUUAGGUUCGUCUAGUCAAGCACCUACAAAGUCCAUAGGCAUUGCGUACAAGGACAAGGACGACGACGAGGUGGACCAGAGGCACGAGGAGCUUGGCCCAUCUCAGCUCAGGACGCUCCCUUGACUCAGCCUACACAGCUUUCAGGUACUAGGCGACGUCGUCCACCUGACCCUUACACUCCAGGCACCGACACUCUUGGUCACAAGGGUAAGGGGUAAAACUAGGAGGCAAUGAGGAUUUGUGGUAGAUGUUAUUGUGUACUAUUAUGGACUUUGUGGACUUUCAUUAUGAACUAUUGUGGACUGUAUGGACUAUUA